CUGUCACGGCAGCGCGCGCACGCGAACGUGCUCGAUGCGCAGGUGUGCUCAGCUAGCUUGUGGCGCGAGAGGAACUCGUGGUUCUCCUUCACAUGAUAAAAUGUUUUGUUAACCCUCUAGGUUUAUAAGUCACCUUAACUUUUGUUUGUUACUCUGAAGAAAGCGUCGUGUGAAGAGGAGAAAAUAGGUUAGCAUCUGACUUCUAGGUGCCAUUUCAGACGGCUAUAUUAACUACUUUCAACAACAACGAAGGUAGCAUUUAUGGCACAUACAACCGGAGGCAAAGUCGUUAUGGAGGAGUUUUUUAAAACGCUGUCUUGUCAAUACUGUAUGUGCAGGUAGGGGAGCUGAGGAGCCUCAUACAAAAGAUGUCCUGUCAAGUGGACGAAGUGGAAGAAAGACAAAGUACUCUUCUUGCUUCCUCCAACCCAGACAAGAAAUGCAGAGAUGAGUUGGAGUUGCUGAAUAACAAAAUCAAGACUGAUGCGAACUUGUUCCGAGCCAAGUUAAAAACUUUGCAGGAUGCUUUCCCAGCGGACUGCAGUGACAAUGGUACCUCGGUGAUGCAACGCAUUAGGAACAAUCAGCACACACACUUGACUCGCUGCUUUGCUGAGCUCAUGACGAGUCACCACAACACACAGGUGGCCUUCAGAGAGAAAUGCAAAGGCCACAUUAAGAGACAGCUGCAGAUUGUGGACAAAGUGACCACAGAUGAGGAGCUGGAGGAGAUGCUGAACUGCCACAAUGUGACCAUCUUCAUAUCAGAUAUUGUUGAUUCUGGUGCUUGUAUUUCGAGCAAGGCUCUGAGCGACAUCAAGUCUCGUCACGAGGACAUAAUUCACCUGGAAGCAAGCAUCAGAGAGCUGCACGAGAUCUUGGCUGACACUGCCAUGCUUCUGGAGAUUCAGGGGCAGUUGGUGAACAGCAUAGAAAAGAAUGUGGCGAGUGCUGCAGAGUAUGUGGACGAGUCCAAAGAAGAGACCCAAAAGGCAGUGACAUACAAGAAAAACCCUUACAAGAUAUUGUCUCUGCCGAGAUUCUUCAGAUCCUUCAGAAGGCAAACAGUGCCCAAAACAGUCACAGGUCCAAACACGUCAGACUAAGACCACAAUGACAAAACUCCUUAUGCUUACGGAACUUUGACUGCUCAUGACUCACAGUCUACAACACCAUUUAAACUACUCAUUUCAAAGUUAAAUAAUAAUAGCAGAGUUAAAUUGAAAGACACUUGAAUCAAGCAUGGUGAGGGCAAGCAUCAUUAUGACACAAAACACCCCUUUUAUUUAUUAAAACUAGAGCCAUUGGAAACCAUAGGCCUCCACUAAGGCCAGAUUUUUUUGGGGGGGGAUGAUCCAAAUUAAUGUGCAGAGGCCGUUAGCAGAGCUGCAGGCUGCUUGUCAACCCGGCAGCCUGUGCUAUCAUUGACUUCCCAAUAGGGGACGGAAGUACACUGGCACUGACGUGUGAGAUUACUUCACCUUCCCCAUUCCUUUUUGCUUUGCGUUUAGCCAUAUGAGUCCUGACUCCCUCGUUCACUUCUCCCAAUAAACUUAACACUGUAUGUGA